GAGCGGCUCCGCGGCCGCCGUCACAUCCGCUCCCGCCCAUCCGGGCCAGCGCGGCGGGGCCGGGCCGGGCACCAUGGCCGCGCCGGGGGCGGCGGGCGGCGGCAGAAGCGGCGCCCCCGCCGCUGAGUGGGGCGGCUUCGAGGACAACAUGCAGGGUGGCGGCUCCGCCGUCAUCGACAUGGAGAACAUGGACGACACGUCGGGCUCCAGCUUCGAGGACAUGGGGGAGAUGCACCAGCGCAUGAAGGAGGAGGAGGAGGAGGAGGCGGAGGGCGAGGCGGGCGCCGGCGAGGAGGAGGACGGGGAGUUCCUGGGCAUGAAGGGGCUGCGGGGGCAGCUGGGCCGGCAGGUCGCUGACCAGAUGUGGCAGGUGGGGAAGAGACAAGCCUCUAGGGCCUUCAGCCUCUACGCCAACAUCGACAUCCUCCGGCCCUACUUCGAUGUGGAGCCCGUCCAAGUGCGAGCCAGACUGCUGGAGUCCAUGAUUCCUGUGAAGAUGAUUAAUUUCCCACAGAAGAUUGCAGGCGAGCUGUACGGACCCCUCAUGCUGGUUUUCACACUGGUGGCCAUUCUUUUGCAUGGAAUGAAGACCUCAGACACCAUCAUUAGGGAAGGCACGCUGAUGGGCACAGCCAUUGGCACCUGCUUCGGUUACUGGCUGGGCGUCUCAUCUUUCAUGUAUUUCCUGGCAUAUCUGUGCAAUGCCCAGAUCACGAUGGUGCAGAUGCUGUCACUCUUGGGCUACGGUCUUUUUGGGCACUGCAUCACUCUGUUUGUCACCUAUAAUAUCCACUUCCACUCCCUCUUCUAUAUCUUCUGGUUAGUCGUUGGUGGACUCUCUACACUACGAAUGGUUGCUGUGUUGGUGUCACGCACCGUGGGACAUACCCAGCGGCUCAUCCUGUGUGGGACUCUUGCUGCUCUGCAUAUGCUUUUCCUCCUCUAUCUGCACUUUGCUUAUCACAAGGUGGUAGAAGGUAUCCUGGACACGUUGGAAGGACCCAACAUGCCACCCUUUCAGAGAGUUGCCCGAGACAUUCCAGUUGUUUCCAAUGCUGUAUUGAACACAACUGCCAAAGCCCUUGCGUUGACCCUCUAGUUUUACAGACUCGGACUUGCUUCCUUCACUACUUUUGGGGCUGCAUAGGGCCACAGUAACCUGCUGCCUGUUAGGAACAGGACAGAACAGCAAGAAGACAACUUGAUUUUGUUUUCCUGGACCUGUCCUCUGCAUUAUGGUUUUGGACAGCUGAGUGGACUCAGCAGAGGUGAGGCACACCUCAGUGACUCAGAAGAGCUGUACUCUUCCUCCAUCCAGGUGUGGGCUAUCUUGAGUAGAGUGGUUCUGUUGCCUGCAUGUUAAACUGGGAUUUCCCAGCACAGUUUGUUCCUUAGCCCUCUUUCCGCUUGCUGAUGUAACUCCAGGAGUAUCUGCCCUGUUCCUGUCCUGAAGAGGGAAGAAUUAAAUUGAUGUUGGUGCUGAGUGA